AUGAUAAUUAAUCAAUUAAGAAAUAAUGUUAAAAGAAUAAAUUCAUUAUCAUUAUCAACUUUUAAUAGAGGUUCAAAUAAUAUGAAAUGUUUAACAAGUAAAUCGUUUUUCAAUGAAAAUAAUAAUAAUAAUAAUACACAAAAAACUAUAUAUAAUAACAUAAAUAAUAAUAAUAGAUUUUAUUGUACAACAAAUAAUAAUAAUAAUAAUAAUGAAAGUAAACCAAAAGAUUUAAUAGAUGAUUUUUUUAAAAAGUCAGAAGAUGAAGGUGAAACUAAAAAGAAUAAUAGUAUUUUCAUUCAAACAGAAACAACACCAAAUCCAGAUAGUUUAAAGUUUAUACCAGGUGUUCAAGUUUUAGAAGAAGGUCAAAUUAUAGAUUUCAGUGAUUUUAAAACAUCACAACAAUCACCAUUAGCUAAUAAUUUAUUUAAAUUGGAUGGUGUUAAUAGAGUUUUCUUUAGUUCUGAUUUCAUUUCAGUAAAUAAAUAUCCUGAACAUGAAUGGUCAAUUUUAAAACCUCAAAUUUAUGGUACAAUUAUUGAUUUUUAUCAUUCAGGAUUACCAAUUUUAUCAGAUCCAUCAUUAGGUAAUAUUAAUGCAGAUACAAUGAUAUUACCAGAAGAUGAUGAAGUUGUAGCAAUGAUUAAAGAAUUAAUUGAAACUAGAAUUAGACCAACAGUUUUAGAAGAUGGUGGUAAUAUUAAAUAUAUGGGUUUUAAAGAUGGUAUUGUUAUGGUACAAUUACAAGGUACAUGUUCAUCAUGUUCAUCAAGUCAAGCAACAUUAAAAGGUGGUAUUGAAAGAAUGUUAAUGCAUUGGAUAAGUGAAGUUACAGGUGUUAUCGCUGUACCUGAUGAUGAAUUAAAUCAAUUAAAUUUAGAUUAUUUUAAUUCUGUUGAUGGUGAUAUUGAAAAUGGUAAAUCAAAUGAAAAGAAAGAAUAA